AUGUAUCGGCGGCGGCACGACCCGUUUUCCGCACGAACGUUUUUCCCGGCAGCCAGCCAGCCCACCCACCCGCCGCCGUUCCAGCAGCCGACGUGUAGCCAUUUUCCGGGGCGCACCUGUCAGGUGAGCGAGGCGCGACGACCCGGUGGGUGGACGACUCCCGCCGCGGGGGGACCCCGGGCCGUGGGCGAACUUUGGCCCUCGUCAUUGGUCGACCAGCCGGUCCGUGAGCCAACCGCGAGCGACGCGACGGGCGCCGGCGCAAUGCCGAGACCGCCCGUCCGACCCGGCUCAUCGGCUUUCCCGGGGAUUUUCCGCGUCCGCCCGGUUGUCCGCCGCUCGGCCGACGUUUCACCAAUCGAACGGACAUACGCGCGCUUUUCCGCUGCCACCGCCGCCGCCGUCGUCGUCGUCGUCGUCUUCGCGGUCGCCGUCGUCGCUGCCGGGCCGCAGACAUGUAUGGAUAACAUCACAAUACCUACAAGCGGUACAGCCCAGAAAACAUCGCUAUGGCACCAACACUGCCAGAGUGGGCUAGCAUUGUCAAGAACAAAGUUCUACGAAUAUUUCAGGGGUAAGUUUGCUGUUUCAAUUUAUUAA